UCUCAAACGCCGGCACCRCCCCUCAGCUUCCCCCGCGGGCUCUUCCCGCCCGGCGCAGCCGCGGAUCCGCAGUCCGAGAGCGGGCUGGGCGGGAAGGACGGUGCUGGAUCGGUGCCGGCGGCGCGGGAUGGCGCUGCCGCAGCAGUGCGAGGCCGCGUUCGGCACCGCGGACCUGUACGGCGUGCUGGGCGUGCGGCGGGGCGCGUCCUCGCAGGAGAUCCGCCGCGGCUACCACCGCGCCUCGCUGCGCCUGCACCCCGACCGCGUCCCGCCCGAGCAGAAGGAGGAGGCCACGCGUCGCUUCCAGAUCCUGGGCAAGGUGUACGCCGUGCUGAGCGACGAGAAGCAGCGCACGGUGUACGAUGAGACGGGCAUGGUGGACGAGGACGCCGAGGCGCUGCAGGACGGGCGGGACUGGCUGGAGUACUGGCAGCUGCUCUUCAAGGUCACUGUGAAAGACAUCGAAGACUUCCACAAGAACUAUAAAAACUCGGCRGAAGAGCUGGCUGAUGUGAAGGCAGCAUACCUGAAUUUCAAGGGUGACAUGGAUCGGAUCAUGGAGUCUGUGAUGUGUGUGGACUACACCGAUGAGCCCAGGAUACGGGAGAUGAUACAGGAAGGCAUCAACUCGGGGGAGCUCCCRUCCUUCAAGGCUUUCGUAAAGGAGUCGAAGCAGAAGAUGAUGUCCAGAAGAAAGCGGGCAGAAAAAGAAGCUAAAGAGGCAAAAAAGACUAAAGAUGAACUCGGCCUUGGUGGAGAAAAUGACUUGCAAGCGCUGAUUAAAAGCCGAAGCAGAGAUCGAGAGAAGGAAAUGGAUAACUUCCUGGCCCAACUGGAAGCAAAAUAUGGGAACAGUGCUAAGAAAGGAGGRAAAAAGACCCCAGCCAAGAAAAGAAAGGCAGAAGGAACAGCAUAGACUGAAUUAAUGGGUUUCAUUUUGUAUAGAAAUGUAGAUUUGGGAGAAUUUUGGAUGUUUUCUGGUCUUUUGUUUUGGACUGUGCAUUGACUGGCUGUAACUGGGAGGUGUGACAUGGAAUGCAUCCUGAACAAGGAAGACAAGGCAUUCCUGUGCUACUGUUCCAAAUCAGUGUAGAUCCAUGUGUGCUACUCACACAUUUCUUCUGUAACAAACCUCCUACUCUUUUCAAAAGUCUUGCGCCUCAACUCAACUGGUGUUUUUCAGAUAUUCCAGUAGUUUUAUAAAAAUAGUUUGGAAAAUUGCAGAUUUAAUAAACGUGAAGUUGUUUUCUUUUUUUCCAGA